AUGGCAACUGCAAUCUGUUUAAUGCUCGGAGUGUUACUCACAGCAGACACUGUGUGGACACAGAGUGUGAGACAGGCCUAUGAGGUACUGGACCCAGAAGACUGGGAUGUGCAUGAUGACUUCUAUUGUCCCAGGGAAUGUUUCUGUCCACCCAGUUUCCCUACUGCCUUAUACUGUGAGAACAGAGGUCUCAGGGAAAUCCCAGCUAUUCCUUCAAGGAUCUGGUACCUGUACCUGGAAAACAACCAGAUAGAAACCAUACCUGAGAAACCAUUUGAGAAUGCCACCCAGCUAAGAUGGAUCAAUUUAAACAAGAACAAAAUAACCAACUAUGGGAUAGAGAAGGGGGCCCUCAGCCAGUUAAAGAAGCUUCUUUUUCUGUUUCUAGAAGAUAAUGAGCUAGAGGAGGUACCUUCUCCAUUGCCAAGAAGUUUGGAACAAUUGCAGUUAGCUAGAAAUAAGGUAUCCAGAAUUCCUCAGGGAACCUUCAGUAACCUGGAAAACCUGACCCUACUUGACCUACAGCACAACAAACUUUUAGAUAAUGCUUUUCAAAGAGAUACCUUCAAGGGGCUUAAGAACCUCAUGCAGCUGAACAUGGCCAAGAAUGCCCUGAGGAGCAUGCCGCCAAGAUUACCAGCUAACACCAUGCAGCUGUUUCUGGACAACAACUCCAUUGAAGCAAUACCUGAAAAUUAUUUCAACGUGAUUCCUAAAGUGGCCUUCCUGAGACUGAACCACAACAAGCUGACAGAUGUAGGCCUCCCAUCCAGAGGUUUCGAUGUCUCGUCCAUUCUAGACCUUCAACUGUCUCACAAUCAGCUCACAAGCUUUCCCCGAAUUAAUGCCAAUCUGCAGCACCUACACCUUGAUCACAACAAAAUUAAAAACGUGAACAUCUCAGUAAUAUGUCCUACCACACUACGUGCAGAACAGGAUGCCUUCAUUCAUGGACCUCAACUGAGCUACCUGCGUCUGGAUGGAAAUGAAAUCAAGCCACCAAUCCCAAUAGAUAUAGUGACAUGCUUCAAGCUUUUACAGGCUUUCAUUAUAUAAACAGCUCCACCAAAUCCAAAGUGGAUUAAGAGUAGUUGUGGUAUGGAAUUCAAUUGUUUCUCCUAGGUCACAAGCCAUAUUUACAAUAGUUCUUAACCACAAUUUUCAUCUGUGCAGCUUAUUUGUUUUUCCAUUCGAAGGUGCUUUGGUCAGUGGCAAACAGGUGCCACUUGUUAUAAUUUGCUUUUCUCUGAUUAACUAAACAGACACUGAGUUGAAGUAACUUCUCAACUCAAAGCUAUUUUUGUCUCUUUGAAGCUACUAAUAUCAAGCAAUUUUUUAAUUAUUAUAUAUUCAAAAUGAUUUACUUGU